AUGACCUCCAACUGUUCCUACAGUGCGAUAGGGCACACGGACUCUCUCUGUUCGAUCUCACCUCUGGUGUCUCUCCUGCCCCGCCUGCUACUGUUGACAGCACUGUUCGCUCACAGUGGGCCACACGCGAUGCUGCGCCUUGCUGUGCGUCGCCACUUACCGACCACUGAGCGUGCGCACUUUAGCCAGUACAAGAGUGCUAAGACCUUGUACGACGCUGUAGUUGCACGCUACUCCUCCCCUGCCACUGCUGCGCUUAGCCGCCCCAUGCUGCCGUACCUCUUCCCUGACCUUGCUGCCUUUCCCACAGUCGCUGACCUCAUUACGCACCUUCGCACUAGUAGUGACACUCGCUACCGCGCUGCGCUUCCUGUUGAGUUCUGUGCCAAGAACCCCCCCCCCCCCAUGUACAUCACCCUCUACUACAUAGUCACCCGGCUCCCUGACUCCCUUUGCUUAGUCAGGGACCACUUCCUCUCAGUUUGCCCCACCACACUCACUGUUGACCUCCUCGAGGAGCGCCUCCUAGCAAUAGAGAAGAGCAUAGUCCCUGUAGGAGCCUCUCGUGUCGGUCGGCCGGCAAGGGCAAGGGGGGCAAGGGCGCUAGAGGGGCUAGCGGGGGCGGUGGAGGUGGUGGUGGAGGCAGUGGAAGGGGUGGGGGUGGUGGUGGGAGUGGUGGCGGGGGUGGAGUUGUCGGUGGCAGCAGUGGAGGCGGAGGAGGCGGCGGUGGUGGUGGAGGGAGCGGAGGCGGCGGAGGUGGCGGAGGCGGCGGAGGCAGCAGUGGAGCUGGUCACGGCUCUGCACAGAGGAGUGGGUCCGGUGCACGGUGGGGAAACUGGUCCCUGCACCUACGUCCUCCGUACCGGCGACCGCGCUGGUGAGCAGUGCGGGGGCCCGCACUCCACGCAGCGCUACUUCGGUCGCCUGACGGACGCGUGGCGUCACCAAUUCCUUCAGGCCUCUGAGAUCCCUCGCAAGGACGUUCUGUCUAGGGCGGGGGUUGCUAUCUUUGAUCUGGAUUAUGAUGCUAUUCUUGCUGCCAUGUAUGUUGUGUCUACUAGUGAUGAGGGUGACUGUUACCUGUGUGUUCCGCCUGGCCCGGGCAUUGAGACUGUUGCUCUAGGUGCUGGUGAGGCUGCUGCUCUAGGUGCUAGUGCGUCUGGUGCCCCAGGUGCUGGUGAGUUUGCUCUCUCAGGUACUACGUCGGCUCAGGCCUUACACACCUUCACCCUUGACUCGGGUGCUUCCCGCUCCUUCUUUCGAGACCGCACCACGCUUACGCCGCUUAGUCAGCCGGUUGCAGUCUCCCUGGCGGACCCCUCUAGGGGUCCUGUCCUUGCUAGCUUCUCCACUGUCUUACCGUGCCCGGCAGCCCCCUCUGGCACCCUGUCAGGUGUCCCCCGUUCUCUCCCUCCCCUACCUCCGAGGCCUGCCACCACCUGCGUCCCCUGCGUCGAGGGGCGACAGCGCGCCGCCCCUCACUCCUCCGAGUUACCUCUGACAGAGGCUCCGCUGCAGACUCUUCACAUGGACGUGUGGGGCCCUGCCCGCGUCUGUGCGCAUCAGCUCAACCUUCAGCCCCGGGUCUCCUUGCCAGAGACCUCCCACACCUUGCGGUGGACGGGGAAGGUUGGCGAUGCGUCUGCGUUUCGGGUCUGGGGAUCUCGGGCGUUUGUCCGCGACUUGUCUGCGGACAAGCUGUCCCCCCGUGCUGUUCCCUGCGUCUUCCUUGGCUUCCCCCUUGACGCGCCUGGGUGGCAGUUUUACCAUCCCACCUCGUGUCGCGUUCUGUCCUCCUAG